AUGUACUCUCCCUUAAUUUUUCUUUUACUUAUUUUAACUUCCAAAUUAAUUUCUGGUCAAGGACCACCUCCUAAGGGUGGAAUAAAAAUACCCGAAAAUGAAGAAAAUAAAGAAGAUGAUUUAGAAAAUCUUGGAAAGAAAAUAUUGAAUGCUGCAGCCAAAAAACUUUCAACAAUAAAUACAGAAGAUAUAGAGAAAAAAAUUACAAAAGCUUUGGGAUUGGAAAGUAAUGAAGGGAAUUGAUGGGAAUUCUUUUUUAA